AUGGCCAGCUCCGGAGAGGACCUCCCCAGUGAUGGCGACUCGCCCCCUGCGGCCGCUGCGGUGGCGGGCGGUGCCCACCUGCUGGGCUUCUCCGACGAGAUCCUCCUGCACAUCCUGAGCCACGUCCCCUGCACAGACUUGGUGGUGAACGUGCGGCACACGUGCCGGAAGCUGGCGGAGCUGUGCCUGGACAAGAGCCUCACCCACACGGUGCUGCUGCAGAGGGACUACGAGGCCGGCGAGGACCAGGUGAAGCAGCUCCUGCGGGAGAUCGGCCGGGAGAUCCAGCAGCUCAACAUGGCCGGCUGCUACUGGCUGUCGGGCGCCACCAUCGAGCACGUGGCCCGCUGCCGCAGCCUGGUGAAGGCGGACCUGUCGGGCUGCCACCUCACCUCCCUGCGCCUCUCCAAGGUGCUGUCGGCCCUGCAGCACCUGCGCUCGCUGGCCAUCGACGUGAGCCCUGGCUUCGACGCCGGCCAGCUGAGCGGCGAGUGCAAGGCCACGCUGAGCCGCGUGCGGGAGCUCCGGCAGACGCUGUUCGCGCCCUCGUACGGCGUGGUGCCCUGCUGCACCCGCCUCGAGAGGCUGCUGCUCUACUUCGAGAUCCUGGACCGCACGCGCGAGGGCGCCAUCCUGCCGGGCCAGCUCAUGGUGGGCCAGAGCAACGUGCCCCGCUACCAGAACCUGCGCGUCUUCUACGCCCGCCUGGCGCCCGGCUACAUCAACCAGGAGGUGGUGCGGCUCUACCUGGCCGUGCUCAGCGACCGCACCCCCGAGAACCUGCACGCCUUCCUCAUCUCCGUGCCCGGCAGCUUCGCCGAGAGCGGGGCCACCCGGAACCUGCUGGACUCCAUGGCCCGCAACGUGGUGCUGGACGCCCUGCAGCUGCCCAAGUCCUGGCUCAGCGGCUCGGCCCUGCUCCAGCACAUGCGCUUCCACAACCCCUUCUACUUGAGCUUCAGCCGCUGCACCGUGUCGGGCAGCCUGCUGAUCCAGCACAUCCUCAACGGGGGCAAGGACCUGCGCAGCCUGGCCAGCCUGAACCUCAGCGGCUGCGCCCACUGCCUGGCCCCCGACUCGCUGCUGCGCAGGGCGGAGGAUGACAUCGACAGCGGCAUCCUGGAGACGCUGGUGGCCGCCUGCUGCAACCUGCGGCACCUCAACCUGUCGGCCGCCCACCACCACAGCGCCGAGGGCCCGGGCCGGCACCUGUGCCAGCUGCUGGCCCAGCUGGGCCACCUGCGCUCCCUGUCCCUGCCCGUCUGCUCUGUGGCCGACUCGGCGCCGCGGGCCGACCGCAAGCCUGCCCAGCCCGCCAUGCACGCCGUGCCCUGCGGCUUCGGCAAGAAGGUGCGCAUCGGCGUGCAGGCGUGUCCCAGCCCCUUCCCGGGGCAGGCGGGCCCGCAGCCCUCCUCCGUGUUCUGGUUUCUGCUGAAGAGCCUGCCCUUCCUGCAGCGCCUCGAGCUGAUCGGGUCCAACUUCUCCUCCGCCAUGCCCCGCAACGAGCCCGCCAUCCGCAACUCCCUGCCGCCCUGCAGCCGGGCGCAGAGCGUGGGGGACGCCGAGGUGGCCGCCAUCGGCCAGCUGGCCUUCCUGAGGCACCUGACGCUGGCCCAGCUGCCCAGCAUUCUCACGGGCUCCGGGCUGGUCAGCAUCGGCCUGCAGUGCCAGCAGCUCCAGUCCCUCUCGCUGGCCAACCUGGGCAUGAUGGGGAAGGUGGUAUACAUGUCCGCCCUGUCCGACAUGCUGAAGCACUGCAAGCGGCUGAAGGACCUCAGGCUGGAGCAGCCCUACUUCAGCGCCAACGCGCAGUUCUUCCAGGCGCUGAGCCAGUGCUCCGCGCUGCAGCGCCUGUGCCUGGUGUCCCGCAGCGGCACCCUGCAGCCCGAGGCCGUGCUGGCCUUCAUGGCCCGCUGCCUGCACGUCGUCGUGUGCCACAUGUUCACCGGCGAGUCCCUGGCCACCUGCAGGAGCCUGCAGCAGUCCCUUCUCCGCAGUUUCCAGGCCGAGCGGCCCGCGCUGAACGUGGUCAUCUUCCCGCUGCUGCACGAGGGCCUGGCGGACGUGAUCCGGGACGUGCCCAUGGCGCACCUGGACGAGAUCACCCUGUUCAAGAGCCGCGUGGCCGAGGAGCCGCCCAACCUGUGGUGGUGA